GGAUGAGCCCACGGCUGAUGCGCACAUCACGUCUACCAAUCAACGCGACGCGUUACGACUGCGCGCUGCACUCUCAGCCACUGAGAGCAGUCAAUGAAUAUUUAUGGCGAGGCUGCUCACUCUCCAGCGCUCAAAGUUAGUGGAUUAGCAGUGGGAGGAUGACUGCGUGAUACAACAUCAGCACCUCUUUUGGAUUAAGAUCCAGCGUUUGCGCCGAUUGCCUCUUGAAAUCAGCGGUGUGAAGGACAGCGGUGUCAAAACUGCACUCCAGAAGCGGUAUCGAGUGCAGACGUGCCCUGCACAUCACUUCAGAGACUUUGCUAUGUAUUUGCCCCUUUUCUUCUAAGAUGCCAAGACUUCCAUCAGCAUCAAUACCCUCAGUCUACAACCGAGAGGGCUGCUCGUUUGGAAGAACGCCCGACCGCAGCCGUUCUCAUCUGCAAGUUCAUUCCGAUCAAUUGUGACAAAGGCUGUCAGCGUCGGAAUAAGAAAUCGAUACUCGAGACGUUCUUCUGGAAUUUUAACGAUCCGUUUUCCUCGAGCGAAGCGCGCGGUGGAGAGCGGGAUCCUCCUCGCACUUUCAGAUGUUCGCGGUGUUGAUGGUGACAGAUUAUUGUUGUUGAGUGUCCAUGCGAGACUUGGGGUGGAAACAUGUCUGGCCACUUCUCUGAGAGGGUCGCUGCUAUCAGAGAUGGCAUUUUGGUCCAGCACUUCGGUUUUUACUUCUAAAGUGCCCCGGAAGAUCUUAUUCAUGUUCACCCUGUCCCUUUCUGUCACCUAUCUGUUCUAUAGCUUGAUGAGCUGUUACAACUCCUUCCAGUUCCAGGAGAACUACGUUUAUCAGGGCAGGCUCGUGACAGAGGAGACAACUUUUGUUACGCUGAGGGAGAAACUUUACUCGACCUCUUCCCAGGUUUACCUCGACGAGGAGUUCGUCGAGAGUACGGCCACAGAGCAAACCAUCGCCGUCUCGAGCGUUAGAAAUAGCGUGGGGAUCGACGAGAGGACAGCGGGAUGGGUGCGAGCUCAGGCGGCUACAACGCGCUCCGCCGCCGCUGCUGCUGCUGGAGAGCCCCUGGAAUUCAGCACCACGGACAGCGAGCUUCGGAGAGCGGUGAACUGCACCUCGGAUUACGGGGUUAAAAAAUUGCCACAAGCCAUUAUAAUCGGAGUGAAGAAAGGGGGGACAAGGGCUCUGCUGGAAGCUUUGCGAGUUCAUCCCGAUGUGCGAGCCGUUGGGAAUGAGCCGCACUUCUUUGACAGGAACUACGAGAAGGGGCUGGAUUGGUACAGGGAGCUGAUGCCGUCUACUCUGGAGGGACAGAUCACGAUGGAGAAGACGCCCAGCUACUUUGUGACAAACAGCGCCCCGAAGCGAAUCCACUCGAUGGCGAGAGACAUUAAGCUAAUCAUAGUCGUCCGCAAUCCAGUGACCAGAGCCAUUUCGGACUAUACUCAGACGCUCUCCAAGAGGCCAGAGAUUCCCACUUUCGAAGUGCUGGCCUUCAAGAACCGAACGCUGGGUCUGAUCGACGCGUCGUGGAGCGCCCUGCGUAUAGGGAUCUACGCGCUUCACCUGGAGAGCUGGAUGCAGUAUUUCCCGCUCUCGCAGAUGCACUUUGUCAGCGGAGAGCGGCUUAUCGUUGAUCCGGCCGGCGAGAUGGCAAAGGUGCAGGAUUUCCUGGGACUCAAGCGUAUCGUUACUGACAAACAUUUCUAUUUUAAUAAAACCAAGGGAUUCCCUUGCUUAAAGAAGCCUGAGGACAGCAGUACCCCACGGUGCCUUGGCAAGUCCAAGGGCAGAACUCACCCCAAAAUAGACCCCGAUGUCAUUCGCAGACUGCACAAAUUCUACAAGCCCUUUAACAUGAUGUUCUACCAAAUGACAGGGCAAAACUUUCAGUGGGAACUGGAGGAGGACGGCAACUCGCCUGGCUUUCGGGACUAAACCGCUGCUGCUCUCCGCACCACCAGCCUUCUCAUAGCCGAACGUCCCUCAGUGUUCCCUCGAUCUGUGCUUCAACACGCCAAUCGAUCGUUCCUGUCUUUGCGAAAGUGUGUGUACCCAUAGCGAGAGUGCUAAUCUGUCAACCCCCAAUACCAAUGGUGUUUAUGAUGGCAAACAUGGUUAUUGUACAUAUUAUCCCGAACAUAAAUAUAUUUAUAUUUGUCAAUAUAAGAGGAUUUUAUUCAUUUUCGUCAGAAAGAGUUGCUAUACGAAUCAUGUCUUCUAUGAUGAUGCAUGCGAUGAGUUAAGUGUCCUUACCCACCGUCACCCUGAGGGUUUUCUUUUUAAUCUCUCUCUUUUUUUUCGCACACCAGCAGCGAGUGCAGUACAAUUGAGUCUGAUAGCUGAGGUUAUUUGUGGAUUCGGAAGACUAGAAAUAACUACAAUCAAACACAGAUCCUCUAAAAUGAGAACAUUUCAGCUAUUUCUGCCCAAUUUUAUGCAUACAGUUUUGUUUUGUGGCUAAUACAAUUUCAGAGAGUUGGGUCCAAAAGCUUACACUUCUAUAUGCAUUUAUUUAAUUAUAUCAUGUAUUCAUAUCAUAUUAUAGGAUGCCAUAUGUUAUCAGAACAACAGUUGUACUGCAUAUAUUUCCUUACUUAAUCCUCUUCGUCCCACAUGGGUCUUAUGGCCCAUUUUUCAAAUCUUAAAACAUUACAGGCAUCAGGCUUUUGGACCUUACAUCUUUAACAAAUUAGCUUGAAGAAUUGCACUACAUGCAGUACUUUUUUUAAUUAACUCUUCGAUUUAAUUAUAUGUUCACUUACACUACUGUUCAAAAGUUUGGGUUCGGUAAGAUUUUUUAUUUCAUUUUAUUUUA